AUUUUGUUUCUGGUUUCUUCGCCCUCUCUUCUUUGCCUCUCUUUCUUGCUUUCUUCUGCCUCUAAUCUCUCAUGGUAAAUCAUGUCCAACAUUGUGAUUCUAUCAAUGUUAGUCCCAGGAAGAGAAACAUCUUUCCUGCUCUUGUUCACCUUUACAAAACAUUAGUAACGAAAUGGGGCCGUCGUCAUAAGAAAUCAUCUUCCGACGAAGAACCAAACAACAUUGUUCAAGAAUCUUUCCAGGAAUUUGAUAGAGAUAAAAAGGAUCAGAAAGAAGCAAUGAAUGGAGGCCACAGCUUUAGAUACAAUGGAGAAAAUAUUGGAGGGGAAGGGUUCGUGAAGCAUAGGAGCAUGGAUAAUUUCUUCUCUUCUUCAUUCUCGAGAACCGGAAGCCGGAGUCAUCCCGACCCUACUCCGAGCACCAGCCGCUGCCAGAGCAGUACUCCAAUCUUGUUUUCAAAUUCUACAGGACUAGUGAAGCCUCCGCCAAUCGAGAAGGAACUGGAGUGUACGCUGGAGGAAUUGUGCUUCGGAUGCAAGAAGAGAAUCAAAAUAACAAGAGAGGUCACUACAAAAUCCGGGGAAGUAAUUCAAGAAGAGGAAAUGUUAACGAUAAAAGUGAAGCCAGGAUGGAAGAAAGGAACAAAGAUAACAUUUGAGGGAAUGGGGAACGAGAGACCUGGAUCAUUGCCGGCGGACAUAAUCUUCGUGAUUGCCGAGAGAAAACACCAUCUUUUCCGAAGAGAAGGUGACGACUUGGAGCUGGCAGUAUCCAUCCCUCUAGUUAAGUCCCUUACUGGCUGCACCAUCCCCAUCCCAUUACUUGGUGGAGAAAAAACAGACAUAACAAUAGAAGACAUCAUCCAUCCUGGGUACCAAAAGAUCAUUUCCGGGGAAGGGAUGCCGAACCCUAAAGAACAAGGAAAGAGAGGAGACAUGAUAUUGGUCUUCCUGAUUGAAUUUCCAACAGAACUAACGGCUGAACAACGAGCAGAUAUUGUUGGCAUUUUGGAACAUUCUUGUGAUGAUUAAUGUGGUACAGUUUCUGUAGGAAAACGUUAACACUGUGUUCCAAAACAAUACAUAAAAUCAUCAUCUCUGUAAUUUGCAGCUGAAAUGGUGAAGUAUAGUUGUUAGAAUUAAGGAUUAAAUGAAUU